CAGGCGCCUCGGCCGGCCCGCCCGCCCGUCCUCCCUUAGGCUGGGGUGGUGGCUGACUGCGCGACUCAUGUUCGCUCUUGAGGAGCGCGCAGUCCCCAGUGAAGCGCGCAGUGUGAGUCCCACGAGAGGCCGCGCGGCAGAGCCCGGCCCGGCCCCGCUGCUCCCCCGCGCUCAGGGGCCGUAGCUACCGCCCUCGGCCCCCGUUCCCCUGCUCCAUAGGGCGCCUCGUCGCUCCAGCCCCGCCGGUACGGAGCGGAGUGCCCCCUUCCCUUUUCCUUUCUGGAUUUACGGGACACGAGGGAAAGAGCAGUAGAUGAUUAAAGUUAAAUUGUGCUAGUCUGCAGUGUGUAACUUCUUGGCUUCUUUUCUGUCAUCCUGCCUUCCAGAAGGAUUUUUGGAGCUAUAUGGAGCGAUCUCAGGAUGGUGUGCACCAGGAAAACCAAAACUUUAGUGUCCACUUGCGUGAUUUUGAGUGGAAUGACUAACAUCAUCUGCCUGCUGUACGUGGGCUGGGUCACCAACUACAUUGCCAGUGUUUAUGUGAAAGUGCAGGAGCCGAUCUCGGAAAAAAAGUUAGAGGAAGACAAAGGGGACACUUUAAGGAUUAUAGAAAGGCUGGACCAUUUGGAAAAUGUCAUCAAGCAGCACAUACAAGAAGCUCCACCAAAACUGGAAGAAAAUCCUGCUGAGGCAUUUACCGACUCAUCUCUCUUUGCUCACUGGGGCCAGGAUCUCAGUCCUGAAAACAGACGUAUUGCACUUAAACAAUUUCAGUAUUACGGCUACAAUGCUUACCUGAGUGAUCGCCUGCCACUGGACAGGCCCCUGCCUGACCUUAGACCUAAUGGGUGCAGAAACCUAACAUUUCCUGACAGACUUCCAGAGGUCAGCAUUGUAUUCAUAUUUGUUAACGAAGCUCUCUCGGUGAUUCUGCGCUCUAUUCAUUCUGCCAUUGACCGGACUCCUGCUCACCUGCUCAAAGAGAUUAUUUUAGUUGAUGAUAACAGUAAUAAUGAAGAACUCAAGGAGAAACUAAAGAAGUAUGUUGAUGAAGUGAAUGCUCGGAAGCCUGGUUUCAUCAAGGUUGUUCGACACAGCAAACAAGAGGGGCUGAUUCGAUCUCGAGUUAGUGGAUGGAGAGUAGCCACAGCACCAGUAGUUGCUCUCUUUGAUGCCCAUGUGGAAUUCAAUGUGGGAUGGGCUGAACCAGUGCUCACUAGGAUAAAGGAAAACAGAAAAAGGGUCAUUUCUCCAUCAUUUGAUAACAUUAAGUAUGAUAAUUUUGAAAUAGAAGAAUAUCCCCUUUCAGCACAAGGGUUUGACUGGGAGCUAUGGUGCCGCUAUCUGAACCCUCCUAAGUCGUGGUGGAAACUGGAGAACACAACUGCUCCAAUAAGAAGUCCUGCGUUGAUUGGGUGCUUCAUAGUAGACAGAGAAUAUUUCCAAGAGAUUGGCUUACUAGAUGAAGGCAUGGAAGUAUAUGGAGGGGAGAAUGUGGAGCUCGGAAUCAGGGUGUGGCAGUGUGGAGGGAGUGUUGAAGUUCUACCUUGCUCAAGGAUUGCCCACAUUGAAAGAGCACAUAAACCGUACACAGAAGAUCUAACUGCUCAUGUCCGGAGAAACGCACUAAGGGUGGCUGAAGUCUGGAUGGAUGAAUUUAAGAGCCAUGUCUAUAUGGCAUGGAACAUACCCCAGGAGGACUCUGGAAUUGAUAUUGGUGAUAUUUCUGAGAGGAAGGCCCUGAGGAAGAAGCUCCAAUGCAAGACCUUUAGGUGGUAUCUUGUCAGUGUGUAUCCAGAAAUGAGAAUGUAUUCAGAUACUGUUGCCUAUGGGGUGCUGCAGAAUUCCUUGAAAAGUGAUUUGUGCCUUGAUCAAGGGCCAGACACAGAGAAUAUCCCAAUCAUGUAUAUCUGCCAUGGAAUGACACCACAGAAUGUUUAUUACACAAGCAAUCAGCAGCUCCAUGUGGGUGUUCUGAGUCCCACUAUUGAUGAUGAUGACAACAGAUGCCUGGUGGAUGUGAACAGCAGGCCCAGGCUCAUUGAAUGCAAUUAUGCCAAAGCCAAGAGAAUGAAGCUUUACUGGCAGUUUACUCAGGUUAGCCAUGCUGUCAUUACUAUUUGCUGUUGUGAGAUACGUAUCAGGGAGGUCCAAUCCAGAACCGAAAAUCCAAGCGUUGCCUGGAAUUGCAGGAAAACAAUGAAAAUGAAUUUGGAUUUCAACUUGUCCUACAGAAAUGCACUGGACAGCGCUGGUCUAUAACAAAUGUCUUGAAAAGCUUGUCAUCAUAGCAGACUAAUUUUUUUUUACCCAUUUCUCUUGCUACUGUGUAGCAAAUACUGCAUUGUUGCCUGCUGUACUGUAUUUCCUAUCUCCCUCUCCUUCCCAGUUCCUUCUCUCCCCUCCUUUCUAUCCCUUUGAUUUUAUUUUGUGAGUGUGUGGAAAUUGGGUUUGUGGGCUGAAAAUAGACAUUUUUAUUUUACAAUUAUGUUUUCAUGGCAUUUUAGAGGUGUUGAAUGAUAGGUGAUGGGUAGGCUAUCCUAAAAUAUUUUACAACUGUAAAUAGAAAACAAAUGGAGAAUAUUUAUAACUCAAACUUUUAUUGAAUAAAAAAGUCCAAACAC